CAAUUUUGCAUAUAAAAUCUUGCAAUAUUUGUGAAGCAAUUAUUUUUCCAUCUUACUCCACCUAGAGUUUGACUCAUUACUACUUCCCAAAAUGCCGCCCCAGCUCGACCCCGAGAUCUACACCGUGGCGUGGAUUGCGCCCCUCGAGAUCGAAGCAAGGGCAGCGCUGCACAUGAUGGAUUGCCUACACCCUGACCGGUUCCCAAUGGGCCGAGGCGACGACUACGUGUUCCGCGCCGGCGAAUGCGGCGGCCACAACACUGUAAUCGCAACUCUUCCUGCCGGGCAAGAGUACGGCACAGGCUCGGCUGCGGCGCUGGCCAGCCAGGUCAAAAAGUUCUUUCCCAAUCUGUGGUUUGGGCUGCUGGUCGGCGUCGCCGCCGGCCUCCCGAACCUGACCCGCGACCCGCCACGUGAUAUUCGAUUAGGAGACGUACUGGUAGCCCUGCCGGAUGGCGAGAGUGCAGGCCUGGUCGCGUAUGAUCUCGGCAAGGAGACUGCAGAGUCUGGGUUCCAGCUGUUACGCCACGGUCAAGUAUUGGCCACCACCGAGACGGUAAUCCGGUCGGCCAUCGGCAACAUCAAGCUUGACGCGCCCGACGACGCCACGUAUUGUUUGGAGUUUUAUGAGACGAUUAAGACCAAAGAACACGGAGCGCCUACGUUUGAUGACCCAGGUCAGGAACACGACAAGCUCUACACGACUGGAGAGGACGGAGGGGAGAAGCUUGUGGAGCGAGAAUUGCGGCCCAUCUCCCAGCGCAUCCGAGUAUGGUACGGGCGCAUCGGCUCUGGCGAGAAGCUGAUGAAGGACGCCCGCAAGAGGGACCAGCUGCGAGACGCGUAUGAUCUCAUCGGUCUCGAGAUGGAGGCGGCCGGCACGAUGAAUCGCAUCCCCGUGGGUGUAAUCCGCGGCGUGUGUGACUAUGGGGACUUGCACAAGAACAAGAGGUGGCAGCCCUACGCCGCGGCGAUGGCGGCUGCGUAUGCCAAGGUUGUGUUGGGAGCCAUUCCGCCAAAGGCGAGCUCUGCAAGCAUCCCAACUGCGCCAUCCCCCGUCGCGAGCCCCCCUCACGCUGUAUUUCAUGGGCCCAUCACUGGGAAGAAAGUUAUCGCCGGGACAUCGAUUCAAGGGACGAAUACCAUCAACUUUUAUUGAGUCAAUAAUUAUACACGCCGCUGAUCUUGACGCGGGCCAUCUCGAGAUAAAGAAAUUAACCUGGGAUUUUGUUCUCUUUUUGACAGCCUUUACCCGUGACUGUAGCCAAAACGCCCU